CCCUCACUCUUACUUCUUCUCUCUCUCUCUCUCUCUCUCUCUCUCUCUUCUCUCUCUCUCUUCUCUCUCUCUCUCUCUCUCUCCCUCUUUCACAUGUCAUUUGCUUUCUUACCAUUUUUACUUUCAUUCACUACAGGUAGUGCAGUACAUUGCAGUUCACUGUUUUUUUUUUUAAUCGGCUAGGCUCAGGUUAGCACCCCAGUCUUCAUGGGUCUUGCUGAAACCAGAGUUUGCAAAACCCAAACUGUAAAUAUAACGGAGAAAAAGUCCUCAUGGUCCUUUUUAGUGCCUCUUUUCUCCUUUGGUAUGGGCAACUGCUUAGACUCGCCUGUCAGAACGCUGCUACGGAUCUCUAACACUGUCUCUGCCCCCCUACCUGCACCCCUCUGCAAAGAUGCUCCAGGAUGCUGAGAGGACGUUCAGAGGGGUGCUGUCCUGUGAGGAGAUGGGCCAGACAGGGUAUCUUGGGCCUUAUCAGGAGUCCAUUGUGUCCAUGACACAAAACUACGUUCUCAUGAGCAACAUACUUGGGCAAACCUGUGUCUUCCUGAGUAAAGGCGUGGCCCAGUGCAGGCAGACUGACAGAGAGCUGCGGCCAGAAGAAAUGGAUGAGUUGCGGGAUGCUUUUAAAGAGUUUGACAAGGACAAGGACGGUUUCAUCAGCUGUAAAGACCUUGGAAACUGUAUGAGAACGAUGGGAUACAUGCCCACUGAAAUGGAGCUGAUAGAACUCAGCCAACAGAUAAACAUGAACUUGGGAGGUCAUGUUGAUUUUGAGGAUUUUGUAGAGUUGAUGGGUCCAAAACUCCUUGCCGAAACUGCAGACAUGAUUGGAAUAAAAGAGUUAAAAGACGCCUUUAGAGAGUUUGACACCAAUGGAGAUGGUGCCAUAAGCACAUCGGAGCUCCGAGAUGCAAUGAGGAAGCUGUUGGGCCAACAGGUUGGUCUAAAGGAGGUAGAAGAUAUCCUGAGGGAUGUUGACUUGAACGGGGACGGGCUUGUUGAUUUUGAAGAGUUUGUACGUAUGAUGUCUCGCUAAGAUCAUAGAAUGAUCGGUUCUGAAUGUGAAGCUGCAUCCCUCUCUAUACUUGACCAAGUACAACAGAGGACAAGCUAAGAUCUCUGAGCCAUUCGAAUCUGAAUGACACUGGAAUUAAAACUCCUUGAAUGUUAUGGAGCGAGGAGUCACCUCACACUUUCAAUCAAUAAGUGUUCUUCCUGAAAAGUCUCCAGUUCAACUGAGGCAGAACUUGCUGUAGCCUAGCUGAUGAUUGUCCAACUUAUGAUUUUUGCACUUUAAUUCUCACUAAAUAACUUCCUGUAUGGAUAGAUUGCUGGUGUCCUGUCUCAUCCACUACACGGUGAAAUUAAGUGUCUUGCAAAAUGUCGCCUUCGAUGUGCAACAAAGUCAGGAUAAGAGAGCGAAUGCCUGUAGAUAAGAUGUAAAAGAUGAGUGCACUGUUGAACAUUUCAGUGAGUUUCCACACGGUAUGUGUAGAAUUCAACUGUUGUUGCAUUAGAAACUGUAAUUGGACUGUCCUUUGUGUGACAUUGGUGCUCCACCAAGGAACCCAUGUGGCAAUAUCACACCUGUAUUGUAACUGUGUGACCAUCUGUGAUUUUUCACUGUGCCGGUCCAGUCUGAUAAAAGCGUCAUUGUCUGACAACGAAGUGCAUUGAAGAAGCAGAUCUCUGACAGUAAUGAGAACCAGAACUCUGAAAUACCUUUCAUAUAUGUUAUUCACUAUGCUCUGAGAUCAAUGGCAUUUUAAACAGUACUUAAAGAUGCACAGCUCUCUUUCAAAGCUUGAAUCCAGAGAACCAAAGUGCUCACUGACACUGGCCUGCUGUGGUUUGCAGUAUCCUAUGCAGUGUAUUUGGAGCAGCUUCAGACCGCCUUUCAAUGCUCACAGGUUUGAAGUCUCAGAGUUUUCAGUCUAGCUUUGGUAACAAAUAAUGUCUGUUUUUAAAAGCCCAUUUUGCCCUACAGUAGGAAUGACAUAUGUGAACUGUAUUUACAGUGGACGUGAUUAUGUUGUACCUGUACUGUAUGUCAAUGUCAGUGAUUGUAGUUGUGGUAACGUUCCACAAAUCUGUGUUGUCUAAGCAAUUUUUAUGCAUGCCAAAGAGAGAAAUUUAUUAAAUUAAGUAUGCACAUUUGCAUUUUUUGUCUAACAAAGUAAACAAAAUAUUUCGCCAAGUUAACUGCAGAAAAAUAAAAGGUGUUUACAUUUGAGCCCCUUUUGCUGUGGUGAAAUUAUCAAAGAAAAUACAGUUGCAAUAUAAUAGAAAAUGGUUGUGAGUUUGUUAUUUAGACAUAAAAUGAAGCCAUACAUAUAAAAACUUGUUGACAACAG